UUAACACAUUAAGUGAACUAAAAGCAGUAAACGAGAGUAGUUUUAAAUUUUAGGAAAAAGGGAUUUGGGAUUGGAGUUUUUUAUCCCGAAUUCAAACAUGUUGAAAAUGGAGUUUAUUCCUCCAUAUUCACCGACUUUACUCCCAAACAUUACUGUGAAGACGACCUGGAGGAAAACCAAACCAAACCAGAAUUUGAUCUGGAAGUAUGGAGCUCUAACAGGUCUAGAUGUAUGGGGGAGGGGGAAGGGGAGUGUUCAGUUUAUACCUUUGAUCCAUCCGUUUUCACCAAAACUGCUUCUACAGAGUUCAAUAUAGCCUGUGAUCUUGCAUAUCUUCAGACACUAAGUGGGGUGCUGCGGAUGUCAGGUUUGCUCGUUGGUUCCUUUGUAUUCGGUUGGAUGUCUGAUAUACUUGGUCGAGUUCCUAGUCUUACAGUUGCAGGCCUGGUUCUAGUUCUAGCUCAGGGUGUGAAUAUCUUUUCGACGAACUACUUGAUGUAUUCCUUGAUGAAUAUGAUCAGCUCAGCUGGCGGUAUCGGGAUCUUUCUUAUAGGGUUUGUUUAUAUUUUUGAGUGGACAGCUCCUAGAUACAGAACUAAAAUUUCUGUUCUGGACCAGGUUCCAUUCUGUACAGGAUUCCUCUGGGUCGUCGGGGUCUCAUAUUUUAUCAGGUCAUGGAGAACUCUUCAAUUUGUUUUUGUUCUUCCAAACUUUCUUCUGCUAGCGUACAAAUUUAUUCUUCCAGAAAGCCCACGAUGGUUAGCCACUAAAGGUUUACAAGAAGAGGCAUUGAAUUCUUUACGAUUUGCUGCUAAGCUAAACAAGAGAAAACUACCGAUUAACUUGGAAUUGUCAGAUAUUAGUUCUUCCUCCGAAUCCUCCGAUCCAUCCAGUCCGGCCUCCGGAGAAACUUCAGCACUCAAGGAGACCCCUCCUAGCACUGAGGUUGAAAAUCUUAACUUGGGCACUAUAGUUGUUGAAUGGUUUCUCCUAUCCCGACUUAUAAUUCUCUCCAUGAACUGGGUGGUGAUCACUCUUUGCUUCUACGGUCUUAGUCUCAAUUCAGCUAGGGAUGAGAAUAUAUUUGCGAGUGUGGCGGCCAUGGCCGGCGUUGAAUUCCCUGGAUACGUGCUCUGUAUGUUUAUAAUGGAAGGAUGGGGCAGACGACCAGUGCUUUCACUUUGUCAGAUAGUUGCUGGAACCUUCUGUGUGAGUGCUGGGUUUCUUCCAGACAGUAUGGGAGGAUUACAACUAGUGCUAGGCCUGGUGGGGAAGAUGGGAGCUAGUGCUGGAUACGCCGUGGUUUAUGUUUAUACUGCAGAACUAUUUCCUACUAAGUUGAGGAAUUCAGCAGUUGGACUCUGUUCAACAUUGGCAAGGUUUGGAGGUCUACUGGCUCCUGUUAUUGCAGAUCUUGGUGCGGUGUAUACCCCUCUGCCCUACCUUGUAAUGGGUGGAUCUAGUAUACUAGUUGGAGCACUUGCCUUCCUUCUUCCAGAGACAAGAGGAAAACCUUUACCACAGACCUUAAAGGAGGCUCGGAGUCAAUAAAUCAGUGGCGCUAGGAGCAUAUGCCCUUCUUCCCGAAACUAAAGGAAUACCUUUACCGCAGACCUUAAAGGAAGCUUGGAGUCAAUAAAUCAGUGGCUCUUGGAGCAUAUGCCCUUCUUCUACAAGAGAAAAACCUUUACCUCAGACCUUAGUUGAGGCUCGGAGUCAGUAAAUCAGUGGCUCUAGAAGCAAAUGCCCACCUCUUAUCAGAGAUAAAGAGAAGCCUUUCCUCCGAGGAAACUCGGAAUCGAUAAAUUAGUGGUCCAUGGAGCAUUUGCCCUCCUCUUUUUAGAGACGAAGGGACAUUCUUUCCUGAUAGGAGGCUCAGAUUCCAUAAAUUAGUGGUGCGAGAAGCACUGGCCCUCCUCUUAUACCAGAGACAUUAGGUCUAAGAAAAGGCUCGGAAGUAAAUGAAAAUGUGAUUUAUAGAGACAAUCUUUUCAGAAAUUUAGAUUCAAUAUUCUAUUAGCCUUGUCAAUCAACUUCCUUCUCGGAGAAAGGGUCAAGGGAAACUAUAUUAUAUUUUCUUUUGCCGAACUGGUGAGUUAAAUGCCUGUCGCCGAUUCAACCCUUUAUCUCUUUAAAUAUAUUUUGACAAGUUA